CCGAGGGGCACGCUUUCUACGCUCUCUCUGGCAAGAAUGUUAGUUCCUGCUCUUCCCUGGCCGUUUCCUGUAAUCGUACAGUGUUGUGAGACGGAGAAAGCCAUGUGUGUCGACGCAAAGCUGUUCACUUAAAAUUGGGAAAGAAUUGUCGACGACUAUUUGCUUCCAUCUCUGAGUCUUUUAAACAUUGUGCCCGUCUCCCUGUGUGGAGUGGGCAAGAUGGCAGACCCCAUCAUGGACCUCUUUGAGGACACUCCCCUGUUUAACCUGGAUGCCCUGCCGGACGAAUCCUUCUCUCAGGGCUCCACAGACCCUGUGGAGGAGGCCCUCAAGCUGGCGUUGGGCCAGGUGGACCCACCGUCGGAGCCGGAGCCCACUCCUGAGCUCAUGGUCAACGCAGGCCUCGGUGAUCCUGUAGCAGCCCCCGCCAUCCCAGACCCUGCCCCUGUUCAAGUCCACACACAGCCGUUGGUGCCCGUGGCAACUGCUCAGACUGUUUCCAUAGCUACAGCUCCCACUGUGGCCCCCGGUCCUGCCCCGGCUGGUGCCGUACCUCAGAUUCAAGCCCAGACCACCAUGUCCAUUGUUAGCAGCACCAGCGUGGCGUCCAGUAGCACUGUCCUGCUGAGCUCACCUCUGACUGUUUCCAGCGCCCCAGCUACCAGCACUGCCGCAACACCGCAGUAUACACAGAUUACUCACCAGUUCACUCCCCAGCAGUUGGCUGCCAUCACACAGCAGGCCGGUGGUAAAAUAGUUAUCCUCAAAGGGCCACAGGGUCAAGCCCAAGUGCUGCAGACUGUAUCAGGAGCCACAGGCCAGACCACUGGAAAGGUUAUCCGUGUUUUGUCUGGCACGCCUCUCAAACCUGGCAUGUCAAUACUGCAGGGGGGGACGGUCUUGAAUCAGGCAAGCCCAGGACAAGCUCAAGUCAAGGUGGGUGCAGGGGUGCAGAGGUUGCUGCAGUCUCCCAACGGGCCAGCGAAACAACUGUUUCUCACGUCCAUGCCCCAGCAGGUACAGCAGACGCAAGGCCAGACGGUUCAGGUGCAGAUGGCUCAAGGCCAGACACAAGUCCAACUUCAGCCCCAAGGCCAGAUUCAGGGCCAGGUGCAGCUCCAGCCAGCAAUGCAAACUCAAGGUGGUGAAGCGAAGCGGAUCACCUUGGUUCUCCAGCAGCCCUCUCAGGCCGGAUCUGUGGGUCAGCAGCAGAUCACACAGGUUCAAACCACCCAAGGGGGCCAACAGCAACCAACUAGACUAGUGUUGGGUCAGCUCCCCGGGGGCAAACUGGUGCUCCAGGGAAGCCAGCUCGCUGCCCUGACCCAGGCUCGAGCUGCAGGUCAGGCUGGGGGGCAGCCCAAAGUCCUCACAAUUCAGCUGCAGGUACAGCAGCAGCCCAACCAACAAGGUGGAGUUAAGUACCAGCUGGUGUCAGGAGCAGGAACUACUGGUGGCCCACAGGUGUUGCAGAUCUCGCAGGGCCAAGGAGGACAAAGAGUUGCAGUGCCGCUCAAAAUGCUUCUGCAGCCACAGACAAGCUCAGCAUCCUCGGGUGGCGGCACAGUCUCCGUGGUGAAGGUCAUCAACACAUCUACUGCAGGCCCCUCCACUACCACGACCACCACUCCGUCCCAGGCCAUCCGCAUUUCCAAGGCCCCCGGUGAACCUGCCUCUGUCCGACGAGUAGAAAUCCUGUGUAAGCAAGAGAAAGCGAACCGCAUUGUGGCCGAAGCUAUAGCCCGGGCCAAAGCACGCGGUGAGAAGAACCUGCCCAGAGUCCUGAACCAGGAUGAGCUUCCAGCCAGUCAGACCUCUCCUGAGGUGGGGGGCACCGUGACUGUCGUGUCUGCCUCCAAAAAAAAGAGCAGUGGAGGAGGGAGCAAGAAGAAAAGUUCUGUCGCUGGAGGAGCAACGCCCAAGAAUGCAGGUGGAGCCGACAAAAAGGGCAAAGUGAAGACGCCAGGGGGAACAGCUGGAGUGGCCGGAAGCAUAGUGAUCGCUGGAACCGGGAACAAGAGCAAAAGCAAGACCAAGACAAACACUAUCACUCUAGUGGGAGCAAAGAAAAGAAAGAGGAAUGGUUCCUCAGACCAUUCGGAUGGGGAGUUGAGUCCUGCCUCGCCUACUGCACUGGAUGAUGACAUGAUUAUGAAGAGGCGCUCCAAUCGCGUGGUGAAGAGGAAAAAGUACACAGAAGACCUGGACAUAAAGAUAACCGAUGACGAGGACGAGCAGGAAGAUGUGGACGUUACCACAACAGCGGCAGCCGUGGCCUCCAUCAGUGGCGGGACCGCAGCACAGCUCAAACAGGAACUGGAGCUGGACGGUGAUGGACUGGCCAGCAUGCAAUUCUUUGUGGAAAACCCAAGUGAGGAAGAUGCUGCAAUUGUAGACAAAGUUCUGUCCAUGAGAUUAACUAAAAAAGAGGUGUCUGUAGGCCAGUACACCAAUGUUGAGGAAUUCUUUGUGAAAUACAAGAACUAUUCUUACUUACACUGCGAGUGGGCCAGUUUGGAGCAGCUGGAGAAGGACAAGAGGAUCCAUCAGAAGAUCAAGAGGUUCAAGACCAAAUACGCACAAAUGAGGCAUAUCUUCCAGGAGGAGGAGGAACCUUUUAACCCGGACUAUAUGGAGGCAGACAGGAUCCUGGACGUGUCCCAUAGUGUGGACAAAGACAACGGCGAGCCUGUCAUCUACUACUUGGUGAAGUGGUCCUCGCUGCCUUAUGAAGACGCCACUUGGGAGUUGAAGGAGGACGUGGAUGAGGGCAAGGUUGAAGAGUUCAUCAAAAUCAUGGACCGCCAACCUCGCCUGAAGAAAACAGCACGGCCUCAAGCCAGUUCAUGGAAGAAGCUGGAGGAGACCAGAGAGUACAAGAACGGCAACAUACUAAGAGAGUACCAACUGGAAGGAGUCAACUGGCUGCUCUUCAACUGGUACAACAGGCAGAACUGUAUCCUGGCAGACGAGAUGGGCUUGGGGAAGACCAUCCAGUCUAUCGCACUUCUGUCAGAGGUGUUUAAUGCCGGACUCCAAGGCCCCUUCCUCGUCAUCGCUCCACUCUCCACCAUCACCAACUGGGAGAGGGAGUUCUGCACGUGGACUGACAUGAACGCCAUCGUCUACCACGGCAGCCUGGCCAGCCGGCAGAUGAUCCAGCAGUAUGAGAUGUACUGCAAGGAUGACAAGGAUCAUUUGAUCCCAGGUGCAUACAAGUUUGAUGCCCUCAUCACAACCUUUGAGAUGGUGUUGUCCGACUGCCCCGAGCUGAGGGAGAUCUCCUGGCGCUGUGUCAUCAUCGACGAGGCUCAUCGCCUCAAGAAUCGCAACUGCAAGCUGUUGGACAGCUUGAAGAUGCUGGAUCUGGAACACAAAGUGUUGUUGACCGGCACUCCUCUCCAGAACACUGUGGAAGAGCUCUUCAGUCUGCUGCAUUUCCUGGAGCCUGCUCAGUUCCCAUCGGAGACUGAAUUCCUCAGAGACUUUGGAGACCUCAAAACAGAGGAACAGGUUCAAAAGCUGCAAGCCAUCUUGAAACCCAUGAUGUUAAGGAGGCUCAAGGAGGAUGUUGAGAAGAACUUGGCGCCCAAACAGGAAACUAUCAUCGAGGUCGAGUUGACUGACAUCCAGAAGAAAUACUACCGAGCCAUCCUGGAACGGAACUUCAGUUUCCUCAGUUUAGGGGCAACCAGUAACAGCAACGUCCCGAACCUGCUCAACACUAUGAUGGAGCUGCGCAAGUGCUGCAACCACCCCUACCUCAUCAAUGGCGCAGAGGAGAAGAUCAUAGCAGAGUUGCGGGAAGUUUAUGACCCCAUGGCUCCCGACUUUCAUUUGCAGGCCCUGAUUCGAUCGGCCGGCAAGUUGGUGCUACUGGACAAGCUGCUGCCUCGCCUCAAGGCCGGAGGCCACAAAGUGCUCAUCUUCUCCCAGAUGGUGCGCUGCUUAGACAUCCUGGAGGACUACCUCAUCAACAAGAGAUACCUCUAUGAGCGAAUUGAUGGCAGAGUGCGUGGGAACCUACGUCAGGCUGCCAUCGAUCGCUUCAGCAAGCCUGACUCAGACCGCUUCGUCUUUCUGCUGUGUACCCGUGCCGGCGGCCUGGGUAUCAACCUCACUGCUGCUGACACCUGUGUUAUAUUCGACUCUGACUGGAACCCUCAAAAUGACCUGCAGGCCCAAGCAAGGUGUCAUCGAAUUGGUCAGUCCAAGGCGGUUAAGGUUUACCGUCUGAUAACCAGGAACUCCUAUGAGAGGGAGAUGUUGGAUAAAGCAAGUCUGAAGCUUGGGCUGGACCGCGCUGUCCUGCAGAGCAUGAGUGGCAACAAAGAAGGCAACAACAAUGGACAAAUCCAGCAGUUCUCUAAGAAGGAGAUAGAAGACCUCCUGAGGAAAGGAGCGUACGCCGCUAUCAUGGACGAGAAUGACGAGGGCAGUCGCUUUUGUGAGGAGGACAUCGACCAGAUCCUUCAGCGAAGAGCCACCACCAUCACCAUCGAGAGCGAGGGCAAGGGCUCCACCUUCUCCAAGGCCAGCUUUGUGGCCUCGGAGAACCGCAACGACAUCGCCCUCGAUGACCCUGAAUUCUGGGAGAAGUGGGCCAAGAAAGCCGACAUAGACAUGGAUACCAUCAACAGGAAGAACACCCUUGUGAUCGACACUCCCAGAGUACGCAAGCAGACCCGUCAGUAUUCCACUUUACGAGGCGAGGGUGGAGACCUGUCCGAUAUGGACAGUGACGAUGAGUAUCCUCCUGCCAAUUCCAGACAGUCUCGUACCUCCCGGCGCUCCGAGCGCCACACUGGAGGUGGAUACGGCCGCACAGAUUGCUUCCGGGUGGAGAAACACCUGCUCGUCUAUGGUUGGGGUCGCUGGAGGGACAUCCUGUCUCAUGCUAGGUGCAAGCGCCGUUUGAGCGACCGCGAUGUCGAGACGAUCUGCCGCGUCAUCCUGGUCUUCUGUCUGCUCCACUACCGCGGAGAUGAGAACAUCAAGAGUUUCAUCUGGGAGCUCAUCACGCCGCCGGAGAACGGACGUGAACCCACAACGCUGCUCAACCACUCUGGCCUGUCUAUCCCUGUCCCGAGAGGCAGGAAGGGUAAGAGGGUAAAGGCUCAGAGCACAUUUGAUGUUCAGAAAGUGGAGUGGAUCCGCAAGUACAACCCUGACACCCUGCUGCUGGAUGAAAGCUACCGCAAACACCUCAAGCACCAAUGCAACAAGGUGUUGCUGAGGGUGCGUAUGCUCUACUACCUGAAACAGGAAGUGAUUGGUGAACAUGCUGACUCGGUCCUGAAAGGGGCUUACAUCAGGAAUGUUGAUAUUUGGAUGCCCGAGAUGGAGCAGCAGGAGGUCCCGGCAGGAUGGUGGGACGCCGAGGCAGACCGCUCACUGCUUGCCGGCGUAUUCAAACAUGGUUAUGAAAUGUACACCACAAUGCGUGCCGAUCCCUGCCUCUGUUUCCUGGAGAGAGCCGGUCGGCCUGAUGACAAGGCCAUCGACGCCGAGCAGCACACUGGUGACCCUGAGAUGGGCGACGAAGCUGAGUAUGAUAAAUACUCGGAGGACCCGGAGUUCAAGCCUGCAUCGAGGCACAAAGAUCUUUUCGACGAGCCUGACUCUAUGAACGUAGACGACGAGAUUUCUGUUGAAGAUAAGGCGGCACCGGUGGUCACAGAAAGCUUCUCGAGCCAGAGUAGCAACUGGCCCUCGAGCUCGUCGCUGACGGCGCGGAUGCGGCGCCUCAUCACGGCUUUCCAACGCAGCUACAGACAGGAGCAGUUGAAGAUCGAAGCCGAGGCAAAGGGCGACCGCCGGCGCAGGCGGUGCGAACAGGCCAGCAAGUUGAAAGAGAUUGCGCGACAGGAGCGCCAGCAGAGGUGGACACGCAGGGAGGAGUGUGACUUCUACCGCGUGGUUUCGACGUUUGGUGUGGAAAAGCUGAAAAAGGAGCUGGGUCUUCCCGAGGACGCGGAACUUGAUUUUGACUGGACACGUUUCCGUACCUUUGCUCGUCUGGAUAAGAAAACUGACGAGAGCCUCAGUCGUUAUUUCCGCUCUUUUGUCGCCAUGUGCCGGAGGGUUUGCCACCUCCGCCCAGGCCGGGGUGAAGAUCCAUCGCAGCUUUCCCAAACCGUGGCCCCCAUCACAGAGGAGCGCGCGUCCCGUACCCUUUACCGAAUCAGCCUCCUGCGUCGCCUCCGCGAGCGAGUCCUGCCCAACCCCUCGCUGGAAGAGCAUCUGUCUCUGGCCCCGACCAGCUCUGAGCUGCCCACCUGGUGGAACAUUCCAGACCACGACCGUCAGCUGAUGCUGGGUGCUUCUCUACACGGCGUCAGUCGCACCGAGCUCUCCAUCUUCCCUGACCCGCAGUUCACUUUCACUCAGGCAAGGGAAGAGUUCAUCCAGAACCAGCAGGCCCCACCGCCUCCGCCUCCGCCUCAAGCGCUACCCAUCAUGCCCCUCAUCCAGCCCAAGACUGAGGAGGACCUGUCUGGGGUGAAAGAGGAGGGAGCGGACGAGGGCGCCCGGCUGCUCGGGGCUGAAAUCGGUGUUGUCCUGCAGAGCAAACCUUUGAGUCACCAUGAUGGAAAAGCGCAUGGGCAGGACUGGAGCUUUAAGAGGAGCAGAGCGAGGGGAGACCGUACAGGGGGAGGAAGGAAAGGAGAAGGAGGAUCUGAUUCAGAUUCUGAUUCAGAUUCAGGCUCAUCAUCCUCGGGGCGAUCAGGCAGCAGCGAUGACAGCGGAGAGAGUGAGGAAGAGGGGGAAAGAGCAGGCAAGGUGUGUGACGUGGAUGAAGAGAAUAGCUCUCUCUCCAUGACUCAGUCUCAGGAUGGAGUUCCACCCCCUGAUCCUCUCAGAGUGGACUGGCCCAAGGACCGAGUGUUGAUCAACCGGUUGGACAAUUUGUGUUCGCUGGUGGUGACUGGUCAGUGGCCCUCGGGGCGGAGGUAUAUGCCUGAGGCUCAGCUAAACCCAACCUCAGAGCUGGCGGGAGAAGAGAUGUCCUACACAAGGGUUGUCCGUAAACCUAGCAGCAUGCCUGGUGCCCCUGGAGCAGAAGGAGAAGAUGGAGAGUUCACUGUCAAACUCCUUAAGGAGGAGGGGCUGAAACUGACCUUCUCCAAGCAGGCCCUGAUGCCCAACGGGUCAGGGGGGGAGAGCAGCAGCCGCAAGAGGCGCAAGGACCAAGAGUUGUCAGACCCAGAUGGACUCCUUGAUCCACUGGAGCGCACUCCUCGACGGAGGGACCCUCCCACCUGGCUGAAGGAGAACCCAGAUUAUGAGGUGGAGGGAGACAUGCUGGAGCUUCUUGUGAACAGGAGCAAGAGGAAGAGGAGGAGGAGGGCAGAUAAAGCUGUGACGGGCAGUGAGAAGGUCAAACUUAUUAACAUGAGAACUGGAAAGAAGGUUGGCGCUGCUUUCUGUCCGAUGCUGCAAGAUCUGAGGGAAUAUCUAGAGGAGAAUCCCGACAGCGCUGUAGCACCUGAGUGGUCGGAAACUGUUCGGAACUCUGGCUUCCUGCCGGAGACCUUCUUCCACCGGCUGCUGACCGAGCACUCGGAGAUCCCCAAGAAAAGCCGACGCCGCCAUCAUCACCACCACCACCACCAUCAUCACCACCACACUCCAGAGCCCGCCCCUGAAGACCCCAGCCUGGACGGAGUUGAAGAAGAGACUCUGGUCUCCGACGGAGCCUACAUGAUGGACGAGGAGGACCUGGAGACCUCCCACCACUUCCUCACCAGUCCAGACUUUGAUGUUAAAAUGGUGGGUGGCGACAGCAUUUCCCAAGGUGACUAUGACAGCUCGGAUCAAGAAGCGUUAUUGGACGAUGUCAUCAUAGCACAGAAGGACUCUGACUCCUCGUCAAGCUCAGAGGAUUGACUGAACCCCGCUCCUCGAACACAUCUGACUCAGUCCCCUUCUCAACAUUGAAUCGUGUUAUUCCUUCUCAUUUAUUUCUACCAUGUUAUGUAUCAAAUUAUGGAUGAAUUUGUGUUUUUUUGAUGCUACUUUUAUUCAUUUAUUUUAUAUAGGGAUGUUUCUUUUUCCAAUGAAAGGAGCAGGUUUGCACCCAUCUGUUUUCUUUUUUUUUAUCAUUGAGAAUUGUGUUCCAUCUGUCUCCUGACCCUCCUCAUUAGCCUCUGAUGAAAUGGCAAAAAAAGCUGAGCUUUCUUACUUUACCACUUGUCGUUCUCCUCCUCUUCCUCGAAAACCUGUGAAUUUCCAUCACAUUCCCAGCCGUGACCAAAAGGGGUACCCUGCUGUACCGAUGACCCUUUUCUUAUCGAAGAACCUCAACGUUGGUCCUCUGGCGCCACAUGAAACUGGACGUGUACUGAGCAGAGCCUGGAUCCAGAUCUCCCCCCACCCCACCCCCCCCACCCGACCACCCCAUCUCAUCUGGUCAUGUCCUCUGUCCAGGCGAGUCUAUGAACUAAAAGGGGAUACAGUGUGUGGAUGCACUGUUAUUGUUUUCACUCUGUGGGAGGGGAAGGGGUCGAGACAGGGGAGGAGGGGUUGUAUUAGUUACUGAAGCAGGGCUAGGAGUGUGGGUGUAAUGUACAAUGUAGAGCUGGUCAAUUGUGUACAAUGGUGCAAAGAUGACGGCAAUGAGUUACUAUUCUUGUUUUAUGAUCUGACUGUAUCUGUGAUAUGAAUAACAGCAAUCUAAAGUGAA